AUGGCGAACCCAACUCCCAAGUGGCAGUCCGUGUCCUGGCAGAAGAAGGACCAGCAGUUUGCCCGCAUUCCGGCCCAAUGGCGGCUGUCGCAGCUACCACCUUCAAACGUCACCAGCUACCUCGGCGUUCCUCGCGCGUGCGGCCUGCUGACGGCGAAAGAGCUGGACAUUACUGAGAAGUACGAUGCCACUGCGCUGGCUCGGGCUAUCAGAGAGAAGAAGCUGUCGUGUGUGGACGUCACGACGGCGUUCUGCAAGAGAGCCGCAAUUGCACACCAACUGACCAACUGCCUGACCGAGAUCUUCUUCGACGAUGCACUGAAGAGAGCAGCCGAGCUGGACGCGCAUCUCACUACUAACAAGCCCCUCGGCCUGCUCCACGGCGUGCCCAUAUCACUGAAAGACAUGUUCAAUGUCCGUGGAUACGACUCGUCCCUUGGCCUGGCCGCGCUGUCCUUUAAGCCCGCCACCGAGAACUCGGUCCUCGUCGACCUGCUGCUCAGCGCCGGCGCAGUCCUCUACUGCAAGACCAACGUCCCGCAGACGCUCAUGGCCUUCGACUCGCACAACAACGUCUUCGGCCGCACCAUCAACCCCAUCAGCACUGCCAUCACGGCCGGCGGCAGCUCCGGCGGCGAGGGCGCGCUGCUCGCCAUGCGCGGCUCGGUGCUCGGUGUUGGCACAGACAUCGGCGGCUCGAUCCGUGUGCCCUCCAUGUGCGGCAACUUGUAUGGCGUCAAGCCCAGCGCCGACCGCAUUCCCCUUUCUCAUGUCGAGGCUGGCGCGCUCCCGGGUAUGACCAAGGUCGGGCUCACAGGCAGCGCAGGCCCGAUGGGGCACUCCAUGCGCGACAUGGAUCUGUUCUUCCAGGCCGUGUCUGACCAGAAGCCGUGGGCGUACGAUCCUGACGCUGUGCCACUGCCGUGGACGCCGUUGCCGGGCAAGAAGCUGCGAAUCGGUAUUGUCAGGCGAGACGGCGUGAUCGAGCCACUCCCCCCGAUCGCCCGACUUCUAGAUGAAGCAAAAUCGAAGCUGCAGAAGGCCGGCAUCGAGGUCGUCGAGAUGGACAUCGCAGCGCAGUUCGCCCAAUGCUCAGCCCUCGCCAACGCUAUGUUCAACGUCGAAGGCGGCAACGCCAUAUUCGACCUGCUCGACGCCGGGGAAGAGCCGCUCUCCCCGUGGCUGUCCACCCGCGUGAGACGUGGGAAGAUGGUGCCGUUCGACAAGCUCCAAGCCCUCCACGGCAAGCGCGAGAAGCUCCGCAAAGAGUGUCUGCAGAUGUGGAGGCAUCCGGCCGGCGAAAUCGACGCCUUCAUCUGCCCCGUCGCCCCGCACCCCGUCCCGGCCCCGGACCGCUACAACGGCGCCAACUACACGAGUUCGUUCGUGCUGCUCGACUACUCCGCAGGGACCAUCCCCGUGCGGACUUUCACGCACGCAGACAAGGCGGGCGAGGUCAGCGGAAAGGUGCUGGGCAGCUGGGACAAGGUGAACCGCGCGCUAUGUAAGUCUCCCGGCCCCCAUCAAGACGCAGCUAAUCGAAUAGGGAACGAGGUCGACCGCGAGGUGUACGUGGGGUCGCCGCUGUGCGUGCAGGUCGUUGCGCCCAGGCUGCAGGACGAGCGGCUGGUGCACGCCAUGUCCGCCAUUGACGCAGCGCUGAGGGUGGAGGCGAAGGUAAAGGCGCAAUUGUAG